CCAAAUUUACCAACCAGCCUUUGCCGUCACAGUUGGUAAACAAUUCCCCUCUAAACCCAGCUAAUCAGCUGUGAGCCACAUUUUCAGUCUGAAAAUCGAGCACUGACCCUUCCUUCUGCUCAUCCAUCCCUGUUAUUCUGUUCAAGUUUUUCUCCGUUUGUUUGGAACCAAACGCGCUUUAUUUGAACUUGGGGGUGGAAACCUUCCUAUUUUUUAUCCCAUCGUUGGAUUCCCGAAGCUACAUUGAUCGUACCAUAUUCUGAAUUAUGUGUUGAAAUCUUUGGGGCUGAAUUUUUCGUCUUUGUUAUUAAACGGACGAUGACGGGACGGGACCCAUCUCCUGACCGUGUUGAGAUUAAGGUUAAUCCACGGCGUGGUGACAGCAUAGUCCACCCAGCUGGUGCACUCACUCCCCCGCCGGCGUCGCGAAGGGUCUCUCCGUUGCCGGUUGAUCCUAGCGUCCGGGACUCCAGGCCGUUCAAGAAGUGGUUCCCAUGGCUGGUACCAUGCUUUGUGGCCGCCAAUAUCGCCAUAUUCAUUGUCACUAUGUACGUAAACAAUUGUCCCAAGCAUUAUGUGGGCGAUUCUUGCUUUCCUAGUUUUCUGGGCAGAUUCUCGUUUCAGCCCCUCAAAGAGAAUCCUCUUUUUGGUCCUUCUUCAUCAACGUUAGAAAAGAUGGGUGCUCUAGAAGUGGACAAAGUGGUUCGUAGACACCAAGCCUGGCGCCUGAUCUCUUGUAUGUGGUUGCAUGCUGGCGUUAUCCAUGUGCUUGCCAACAUGUUGAGUCUUCUCUUUAUUGGAAUCCGGCUUGAGCAAGAAUUUGGGUUUGUUCGAAUUGGAUUGCUGUAUUUAAUAUCUGGUUUUGGAGGAAGUUUGUUGUCUGCUUUAUUCAUACAAUCAGGUAUCUCUGUUGGUGCUUCGGGUGCAUUAUUUGGCUUACUGGGAGGCAUGCUAUCAGAGCUUUUAACAAAUUGGACGAUCUAUGCUAAUAAGUGUGCAGCGUUGUCAACUCUUAUUGUCAUCAUUAUAAUCAAUUUAGCUGUUGGACUCCUUCCCCAUGUGGAUAAUUUUGCUCAUAUUGGAGGUUUUAUCUCCGGUUUUCUUCUUGGAUUUGUCUUUUUGAUUCGCCCCCAGUUUAAGUGGGUUAAUCGAUCUCGUUCUGCCGAUGCUGCCCCUUUUCUGAAUUCUAAACACAAACCUUAUCAGUAUGUGCUGUGGGUCAUCGCUUUCAUACUACUGACUUCUGGAUUGAUAACUGGGCUGGUUCUGCUCCUUCGAGGGGUUAAUCUGAACGACUACUGCUCAUGGUGUCACUAUAUGAGUUGCGUCCCCACCUCAAAAUGGAGCUGCAAAUCUCAACAAGUGUACUGUGAGUCAACCCAAAUGGGAAAUCAACUUAACAUGACAUGCUUGAGCAAUGGAAGAAGUCACAUUUAUCCGCUGUCAAGUGGUAGUCCUUCCCAAGUUCAACAGCUUUGUUCUCAACUUUGCAGCUGACAGAUGCAUUCGGGAGAUUUAUCUGAUUCCAGACACUUCUUGGUGCAAUUUCAUUCAACCUGCAUCCGAUUUCUUCUUGCUUGGGCAGAGAUAUUUCCCUAUUUUAGCAAUGGUGAUUGUUAUUAUCAGUUUAUCACCAUCAUAAGUGUAGUCUUCUUGUUGACACUGUCGCCUCUUGGUUGUGAUUUCUAUGUGGAAGCAUUGCCUUAUACCAGGAAGGUGCAGAGUGAGAGUUGUAUUAGGUUGAAAAGGCGAAAAGAACUUUUACAUAUAGGAAUUGCUGCCAAAAGGAUUUCUUAAAGCAAGGGUCAUUGCUUUAGAUUCUUUGUUGCGAAGGUUGUACAGUUCAGUUCUUUGUGUAAAACUACGACUAAUAUGGAUGCCUUUUCUUUUC